ACCAAACAGAUGGGGCUAUGAAGAUUAAUUUGGGGGAAGUCAGGUUUGUUGUGUUUCACAUGAGCAAGGGCAAGCGAGAGAGAGAGAGCGCAAUGGCUGUUAAGUUGGCCGGUAAGUAGUUGGCACAGGGAUAUUAACGGAGAUUACCAGUGGGGGAACCGGGCGGAGAGGGGCGGUGUGCAGCACAAUAGUUCUCUGCAACACGGAGGUGUCCAGAAUUGUAUUUUUUUUUACAAAACGAAGACGCUUGGGUUAAUUUGGGGAUUUCUGUCGGCUAAGCUGCGAUGCGAUUGGCCAGUGUGCAGACGCGGGCCCGUCGGGCUGCUGAGGAAAGAGAAGAGCCUCCACCGGGUCCCGCCCCUCCCUCCACACACCACUCUGAACACCAGUUCAAAAACAUGAAGAGCAAGUUCUUCAAUGAACUCACCCACUUGCCAAACCACAAACUUAAAAUGCCCAUGUGGGCAAUAGGAGCCAUAGUGGUGGUGGUGUUGGCUCUGGUGGCCUGUCUGGGCUUCUGUAUCUGGAAAAAGUGCAUAAACAAAGGCAAGAAGCCCAAGAAAGUACGCGAGAGGAAAGGAGGUCGAGGCAGGAGAAAGAAGGAGGGAGAGGGCGAAGGAGAGGAGGGCAAGGAGGGAGAGGCUAAGGAAGGAGAGGAGGAGGAGAAGGAAAAUUUUGGAAAGCUGGAGUUUACCCUGGACUACAAUUUCACCGAAAACCAGCUGAUUGUGGGUAUCCUACAGGCUGAAAACCUGCCAGCCAUGGACAUGGGCGGCACAUCUGACCCCUACGUUAAAGUCUACAUGCUGCCAGACAAGAAGAAGAAAUUUGAAACCAAAGUCCAGCGCAAGAACCUCUGCCCUGUCUUCAACGAGACUUUCAUCUUCAAAAUCCCAUAUCAGGAGCUGGGCGGACAGACUCUGGUACUUCAGGUCUUUGACUUUGAUCGUUUCGGUAAGCACGAUGUGAUUGGACAGAUCUCCAUCCCAAUGAACAGUGUAGACCUGGCUCAGCCGCUCCAUGAAUGGAGGGAUCUGAUUGGAGGAGAGAAAGAGGAGCAAGAGAAGCUUGGGGACAUUUGUAUCUCUCUGCGCUACGUCCCCACAGCCGGUAAACUGACCAUCAACAUCAUGGAGGCCAAGCACCUGAAGGCAAUGGACUGUGGAGGCUUGUCAGACCCCUUUGUCAAAGUGGUGUUACAGUACCAAGGCAAGCGGCUGAAAAAGAAGAAGACGACAGUUAAACAGAACACUCUGAAUCCCUACUUCAACGAAAGCUUCAGCUUUGAGAUACCUUUCGGUCAGAUACAAAAAGUCCAAGUGCUGGUCACUGUGUACGACUAUGACAAACUGGGCAGCAACGACGCCAUCGGGAAGGUUUGGAUCGGCUAUGGUGCCUCAGGGGUGGGCCUCCGCCAUUGGUCAGACAUGCUGGCCAAUCCCAGACGCCCUGUGGCCCAGUGGCAUGCCUUACUACCUGAAGAGGAGGUGGAUGAGGCCCUGAAAAAACCCAUCCGUUAAACGCACACCCACACCUCAACACUAAACAACGGUAGUUAAUACAACCCACCUGUACCUCUGUGUGGCUGGGUUUACAUUCCCAUUGUAUGUUUUGUGGACUCUCUUUUAUUAUUCCCUAUUGAAAAGAACGUAAGGAAUUUGACCUUUAUUUCUUAUUACAAUUGUACUGUAUGUUUUUACCAUUGUGGCCACUUGGACCAUUAUGAUGUCAAUUUCUGAGGAUGGCUGAAUGUUUUGUGUUUUUUUGUGUGCGAGUAUUGUGUGUGUGUGUGUGUGUGUGUUAAUCCAUAGUAACUGAAAGCUUUCUCUGGUUUGCCUAUUGAACAGGUAGUUAAUAGCUAAAUAAACUAUUCCUAACACCUGAUGGAUUGUCAUGUGGGUGUACAAGUUAUUACAGUCUAGUUCUGGACACAUUUGGGAUGCUUUUCCUUCUGAUACUGUCACGUCCUGGCACGGCAGGUUAGUCGCCCUCUCUCCCUCAUUUGGAGCACGGACACCUGUUUUUCAUUAUUGGUCUCAUCUGUGUUCCUGAUCCCGGUCAUUAUUUUUAAUCUUGUCUUUGUUUGGGUUUCACUCCUGUGUAACUUUAGUCUGUUUUGUCUUUGUGAUCUAGUUCAUGUUAUGUUUGGUUCUAGUUCUUUUAUUAAAUGUCCUCCGUUCUCCCA